AUGGCGACGCUUGCAAGGACGGCCAAGAUCUUUGGACUCUCGCUCGUUGCUGGAGCUACUGCCAUGACCGGGUACCACUUCGGUGCUCUGGGGCGUCAUGAGCUGACUUAUCCGGUUGCUACCGAGAAGGAUCAUUUUCACUCCAAGGAGAGCACCUUUCUUCACAACAGUCAAUUCGCCAAGGAGCUGCGGGAGAAAGGUUUUCGUGAGACCCGUUUGAGUGAGAAGAUUCCUCUGGAGUACUCUCGAGGAUUCCUGGAGUCGUUUCUGAAGAAGCCUGGAUACCUGACCGUUGAUCCACUGCUGUUCUACAAGCGGUGUGAUGACGGAAAGAACGGUGUCAUGUAUGCAUUUCUGCACGUCGGCGACCAUUUAAACGGACACACUGGAAUCGUGCAUGGUGGUUUCCUGGGCACCCUGCUGGAUGAGUUUGUAUGUCUGGGGGCCUUCCCCAGCCUGCCCUCUCAGCAGUACGGAGUGACUGGCACCCUGGAGAUCAAUUACCGACAACCAGUUCGAGAGAACCAGUACCUCAUGGUGCGAGUGGAGACUAAGGACAUUCAGGGCCGAAAGGUAAUUGCUGACGGAUCUAUCGAGAAGUUUGAGGGAGGUGAUCUGUGGGAGAAGAAGAAGCAGAACGUGCUUGCUGAGGCUGAGCUGGUGGUCAUUGAGCCCAAGUGGAUUAAGGAGAUGACUCAGUACUUUAAGAAGAAAGACGAGUAG